AACUCGUUUUUGCAGUCCGUUUAUAAAUGAGUAAGAAGCUUCUGUGACUCACACGCUUCACCUUUGGUUGGAAACUACUCCACUUUAUGACAUCUAGUGUCAUCUAGGGGCGAAAGUAACGCUGUGUGUAAGGAUGUGCGAGUUUAGUGUGAGUUUGGGAGAGUUAGCGUUAGCACCGUCAGCUACACGGUGACUUAGCAUCGCGGUUGUGGCUAGCUGACGUUAGCCGACGUCGGAUAAUUGACGUAACGUUCGAUUUAAAGGUCGGGUCCGCGCGGUCCGAUACUUCACAGUCGGACGAUGUCUCAACUCUCCGACUCCGACGACACCACUCCGCUGCUCGGGGACGAUUCGGCCAGUGACGACUCUCAGGAUGAAGAUUACAGGAGUCGUUGGCGGUCCAUCCGGGUGAUGUACUUCACCAUGUUUCUCAGCAGCGUAGGUUUCACUAUUGUCAUCACAUCACUAUGGCCCUAUUUACAAAAGGUCGAUGAUAGCGCCAGUGCCACCUUCCUGGGAUGGGUCGUGGCAGCCUACAGCCUCGGUCAGAUGGUAGCCUCGCCUAUUUUCGGCACUUGGUCCAACUACCGACCCCACAAGGAGCCCCUUGUGUGUUCCAUCAUCAUGAACCUGUUUGCCAAUAUCUACUACGCCUACGCAUACCUGCCGAGAACCAAUAACAAGCUCCAUGUGCUCAUAUCCAGAGCCUUAGUGGGCUUUGGAGCAGGUAAUGUUGCUGUGGUGAGGUCCUAUGUAGCCGGAGCUACGUCACUAAAGGAGAGGACUGGCGCCAUGGCGAACAUGAGUGCCUGUCAGGCCUUGGGUUUCAUUUUGGGACCGGCUCUGCAGGCCUGCCUGUCAUUCAUCGGUGAGCACGGCGUCACGGUAAAGGUUAUAGACCUGCAGCUCAACAUGUACACCGCUCCGGCUUUACUAGCCACAGUGUUUUGCUUCAUCAACAUCGUGCUGGUUGUUUUUGUGCUGAGACCCCACCACGUUGAUGAGCAUGGACAUGUUCAAGCCAUCAACUAUACAUCGGAAGAUGGAGAGGAUGUUGUUGAAGAGAGUGAGCAGACCAUUGAUCUCAUUGCGGUCAUGACUUCCAACGCUCUCUUCUUCAUUGUUAUGUUCAUCUUCGCUGUCUUUGAGACAAUUAUUACCCCCUUGUCCAUGGACAUGUACGCUUGGACCAGGACAGAAGCUGUGUUAUACAACGGCAUCAUCAUCUGCUGCAUUGGAUUAGAAUCCAUAUUUGUGUUUAUAGUUGUAAAAGUGGCUUCUGCAAGGUAUGGGGAUCGUCCUGUGAUGCUAGCUGGCUUGGCCAUCAUUCUCUGUGGUUUCUUUAUUCUGCUUCCAUGGGGAAAUCAUUACCCUAAAAUCCAGUGGGCAGACCUCAAUAACAGCUCAUUAGUCGGUGAGACGACUAAAGCCUCGAACCACUCUGUAGAGCCAACGGGCUGCCCGUAUGAACAGACCUGGUGCCAGUACACUCCUUCCAUCCACCUGGCGCAGUUCAUCUCAUCGAACAUCCUCAUCGGGGUGGGCUACCCGGCCUGCAACGUGAUGUCGUACACACUGUAUUCCAAAAUCCUGGGACCCAUACCUCAGGGUGUGUACAUGGGCUGGUUGACGGCCUCGGGGAGUGGAGCACGAACAGUGGCCCCCGUCUUUGUCUCCCAGGUGUAUACCAUCCUGGGACCACGCUGGGCCUUCAGCCUCAUCUGCGGCAUGCUGGUAGGUGCCAUCCUCCUCCUCAGCUGUUGUUACCGCCGGCUCGUCGCCUUUUCCGUACGCCACAGAAGGACCGUUUGAUGAAAACCUUGAAGAUUCCCCACUGGAGAGCCGCCUUGCCUGAUAUCAGACAGAACUGUCAACUUGUCACAGUCUGCAGCCGUCUGGAGUCGGACAUUGCCUCAACGCUAAUCAGUUCCCAUGACGGCUGAGGGGUUACAUUU